AUGGCUCGGAUCGGACUACUGCUGGCGCUCUGGGCGCUGCCGCUUCUUGCAUUGGCACAGGACUACUACGCAAUUCUGGGAGUCGAUAGGGAGGCGACGGAAAAGGAUAUCAAGUCGGCGUAUCGUCAGCUUUCGAAGAAGUACCACCCGGACAAGAACCCAGGCGACACGACGGCGCACCAUAACUUCAUCGAAGUUGGAGAGGCUUAUGAGGCACUCAGCGAUCCGGAGAAACGGCGGAUCUACGACCAGUACGGAGCCGAAGCGCUAAAGAACGGCGGUGGCGCUGAAGGUGGGCACGGCGGGUUCCAUGAUCCGUUUGACAUCUUCGAGCAGAUGUUUGGCGGGGGUGCGCGCUUCGGCGGCGGUCAGCGUCGCCGCCAGCGAAGCCAGAGUCUGCAGGUGCAGGAGGAGCUCACGCUACGGCAAUACUACCAUGGCACAGCUGUCGAAUUCACGCUUUCGCUGAACGAUCAUUGCGACCAUUGUGGAGCUACCGGUUCUGAAGACGGCAAGGUGGAGCGCUGCACGCAGUGCUCGGGUCGCGGUGUAAUCGUUCAGGUCGUGCGCCAGGGCUUCAUGACACAACAGUUUCAGCAAGUGUGCCCACGCUGCGAGGGCCGCGGCGAAAGCAUCACCAAGAAGUGCAAGGUAUGCCAAGGUCAUAAAGUCAUCAAAAAGAACAAGUCCUUCCGCGUAGAGGUACCGCCUGGUGCGCCACGCGACUUUGUCGCAGUGCAGCAGGGCGAGGCAGAGAAGGUGCCAGACAUGGACCCCGGUGAUAUAUACGUUAAGGUCUCUGAGAACACGCGGGACAAUAUGGGCUAUCGCAGACAGGGCGCCAACCUCUUCCGUACCGAGGUGCUAAGCCUCAAAGAAGCGUUGCAUGGGGACUGGAAGCGUGAGCUCGAGUUCCUCGACCCCUCCAAGAAAGUUCCGCUCUCGAGGAAAAAGGGUCAAACCGUCCAGCACGGCGAGGUGGAACGCGUGCCAGGCUUUGGCAUGCCACUCCCCGACAGCGCCGGCUUCGGAGACCUCUAUGUGGACUAUGUUGUAAUCCUUCCGGGUACUUUUGACUCGCGUAUAAUGGACGAGUUGUAG